GGUCCCGCCCAGUCAGCCAGCCAGGGCUUUAGCAGGCACGAAGCCAUAAUAACAAGUACAGUUCCGCCGACUUCGUUUACACUGCAACUCUUAACAUGUUGCGCUGCUGCAGGACUCAGCAGCACCCAUCGCGGCCGGCGGCAACGGCCGGCGCACCCGCGCGGCGGGCCAGCAGCCUGCUGGCAGCAGCAGCAGCAGCAGCAGUGGGCGGCGGCGGCGGUUGCUGCGCGCGGCCGCCGGCGUUGCAGCUGCCGGCGGCGGCGGCCCCUGCGGUUACUGCGGCAGCAGCUGCGCGUGCCAGUGCCGCUCAUGUGCGACGCCAUGGCGGCGGCAGCAGUGGAAGUAGUGGCAGCGGCGGACCUGGGCUCGGCAUAGCAGCGGCAGCCACUCCCGGCGGAGCGCCUCGCGACGGCCCGCUUGCUCCGGCCUUCGCGGCCAUAUCCAGCGGCCGACUUCUACUGUUGCAACGCUUGCGCUCCUGGAGCGGAGCGGACCGUGCAGAGAAAGCGCUGAAAGAGAAGCAGCAGCGGCAGCAGCAGCAGCAAGCGGCGCGGGUGCGGGCGAAGUGCUUUCGCGCCGCCGCGAAGCGGGUCUUCCCGCUUCACGCUCUCCGGGCGGUGCCGCCCAAGCCGCCGCCGCUGUCGGCGCUGCCUGCUGAGCCCCUGCCUGCGGACUCCAUUCCUCCGCUGCUGGAGUGGGUGACGACUGCGCGCAUGCGGCCGGUGGCGGUGCAGAGCAUUCUGGAGCAGCACUGCAGCCCAGGGGUGCGGCGGAUUGUGGCGGCGGCGGCGCAGCUGGCGGAGGCGGAGCAGGAGGAGCAGUCAUGGGAGGGCAAGGGAGCCGGCGGCGGCAUUCUCAUCACCUCCGCGCACCUGGCCCUGGCAGCACUGGCGGAUGGCGAUGACCCCACUUGCGCCGCCGCCCUGGGUGUGCUGCACCACUCGCAGGCGGGUCUCUCGCUUCGGCGCUGUGUGGAAAUGCUGGCGGACCGGGUGGCGGAGCGGGUGGCGGAGACGCUGCGGCACGAGGACAGUGGCAGUAGCAGCAGUGGCAAGGGCAGUAGCAGUGGCGGCAGCAUUUUCUCCGCCCCCGCGCUGCACUUCCUCUUCCAGUCCUACCGCUGGGCCGUGUUCACAGGCUGCGACACGGUCCAGCCCUGCCACCUGCUGUGGGCGCUGGCGGCAGACCCCCGGCUCAGCUACAGCCCCCUCCGCACCGACCCGCUGGAUGGGCGUGUGGCGGCGGCGGAGGUGCAGGAGCCGCCGCUGGUGUGGCUGCUGCAGCAGUGCUCCGAGACGCUGCCCCGCCCGGCGGCGGUGUACGAGCAGCUCCUAGGCGUCCUGCAGCGCGGCGGCAUGGCCACCUGUGCCGCGGCAGCAAAAGCCGCCGCCGCCAAUGCCGGCGGCGGCGGCGGCGGCGGCGGCGGCGGCAGCGCGAUGGACAAGCAGGCCACGGGCAGUGCAGCUCCCGGCAGCGGCAUCAGCGGCAGUAGCAGCGGUGUCAGCGGCAGUAGCAGCGGCGGCGAGGCCGCCGCGGCGACUGGCGGCGGCGGCGGCACCAGCAGCAGCACCAGCACACCGCCGGCACCGGGAGUGUGCGACGCUGUCGCGGUCGGUGAAAAUCUCAAAGCCCUCCUGAACGAGGUGGCGGCAACACCCGCCGCCGCUUUAACGCUUACACUCGCCGACGUGGCUGCGCUUGCUCGCGCCUGCCGGCUGGCGGGUCAGGUGCCCAGCCGCAAGCAGCUGCAGGGGCUAGCAGCUGCGUUCAUGGCUAGCGCUCAGGCUUGCGCGCCGCUUGGCUGUGCAAACCGCCUAUACAUGGAUGAGUCCGAUGAGCGCUGGCUGAGUGUUUACGAGCUGGCAGAGGGCUUUGGUGCCCUUGGCUUCCAACCCGACUCCCAAUGCCGUGACUACGUGUCUGCGGCGCACGCAGUGCACCGGAUAUCGCAACCGCCAGCAGCAGCAGUGGCAGCGGCCGGUGCGUGCGGCCGUGUGCGGUGGUGGUGCCGCGUGGAGGCGGCGAUGCACUUCUGCUUCCCCAGAUCACCCGCAGUCACUUCUACGUGGCCCAGCCCGGGCCGGCUAGUGGCGACUGAGAUACCGGCAGCGGCGGGCGGCGGCAGCACAGCAGUGCCGCUGCCCCCAGACCUGGUGAAGGCGCUGGUGGCCGUUGCGGAGCUGCCGAGCUGCGUGGAGUGGCGGCAUGGGGUGUUUGAGACACUAGAGGAAAGCGCACGCAACAAGGUGGCAAAUGCAGCGGCAGAAGCCCGUGUAGCCAAGGCACCGCCGCCACCCAGCGACUUGGAGAUUGCCCUACUCGGACGCGUCCUGGAUUGCCUGGCAGUGCAGGCGGGCUCAUCAGGAGCCGGCGCGUCAGCUGCCCAAUGCCGGGAAAGGCGCGUCCGCCCCACCGUACCUGUGGACGUGGCUGCGGAAGCCCUGCGGGUGACCUUCACACUGCCUGCUCGCGCGGCGCUGCUUCAGGCGCUUGGCAGGGCGCCGGCUGCUGCUGGCGGUACGCACCUGCAGGACCUACGCACCGACCUGGCUGGCUCCCUGGAUCUGGACAGCAGCAGCAUCCACGCCAGCCUGCAGACUCAGCGGCGCGUGGCGGAGGCGUACGCGGCGGCGGCCUGCGGCGUGCCUGUGGGCUGGCUGCGGCAGCUGGUGUGGUACGGCAAUGAGAUGCGCGGCGGCAGCAGCAAGGCGUUUGCGGAGGCGCUGCAAGUGAUGCUCAGGGCAGCUGCGAGCGUCAGUGAGCGGCCUGCUGGUCUCUCGAGGGCGUUCGCCUCUGCCGGCAGCGUCGGCAGCGAUGCUGAUGACACCGCCUCUACCAGCGGCGACGGUGACGGCAUCCCGGUGUAUCUUGAGUUUCGCCUGACGUCGAUGCUGGUGGAUGCAAGUGCGGCGGGCAGCCUCUCGCCGUGGGAGGCUCUAGAGGCGCUGCGAAACGUACAAGUCCUGGCGAAGGUGCGAGCGGACGCCGGAGGCGGCAUGGAGGGAGCGGCUUGGGCCGCGGCUGCGACUGAGACUGUGACGACGACUGCGGCCGCGGCUUUGCUGAAGCUGGCUUCUGCUGCACCGAUGAAGGCGGCUGGGCUGGAGGCGCUAGUGGCGGCGAUGGAGGAGGUGGGGAGCGCGGCCCUGCCGCCGCUGCUGCUGGGCAGUCGGCAGCGGCAGCUGAAGGCGCUGCUGGGAGGCGAUGGGGCGGCGCAGCAGCAGCAGCAGCAGCAGCAGCAGCAGCAACAGCAGCAACAGCGGGCGCCGGAGCGGAAGCUGUGAAGCACAGGCGUGUAUCUGGAGAUAGUAGACUUGUUGCAAGGUUGCGUACGGGUACCGGGCUGUGUGCGUACUCGGUCAUUUGGAGUGGUUUCAACCACAUGCACAGCGGACGCGUUGCGUGGCAGUGCGCGGCUACGAUAGUGUGGCAUAGGGCAAGGCGCAGGAUACGGCACCCAGCGCACAAGAGGUCGUGGGUAGGAGGCCCGAACGCAAGUGCAUGCGUCAUUGAAAUGCGUAAAUGCGAAUGCGCAGUGGCUGGGUGAGGACUGUGUGUAUGAUUGCAUGCUAUGCGUGGGCGGCCCGAGAAGGCGGGAACCCCCCGGAAUGCAUAUUGCAGAGUUGCUCAGACGCACCAGGACGCACCGAAGCAGUUGACGUACAUGAAUGUGCAUUGCAAAACAUGCUG